AUGGCUCCCAACACAAUUCAAUGGGAAACCGCUACAGAAAACGAGAUUAUCCAGCACUGCUCCCGGGAUAACCCGAACCGAGAAAUCGUCAGCGAACUAGAUGGAGGGCUUUCCGUUAUCAAGAUAUCAGAAGAUGCAGUUAUCAAGUGCGGGCUCGGCGUCAACGAAUUCGAAGCCGCGAACCAAAAGCUUGCGUAUGAGAUUCUUAACCCCACAAUUAUACGAGUUCCUCGCGUCUAUCGCUUUUUUGUUUGUGGUGUGAAUGGAUAUCUUAUCAUGGAAUACAUCAAGGGCCGGCUACUCUCCACUCUAGGUCCUGAUGCCUAUCUGGAACGAAUGGCAAAUGUCCUGAAGCACUUCGAAAGCGUGCAAAGAUCUCGGCCUGGACCCUUGCACGAGAGCCUCGCUUUUGGUCAGCUCUGGUUGGAUUACGAUCCCAUAGCUCCUACCUCCAUAGAACUCAUCGAGAAUUACUUCAACACAAGGCAACUGAAAAAAUCAACCCAUAUCAAGCUGGCUGGCUAUCCAUUAGUCUUAUGUCACCUGGACAUCGCCCCUCGGAAUAUCCUGGUACUGGACGAUGACUCUUUGUGCCUUCUCGACUGGCAUUCCGCUGGCUUCUACCCAAGACUAUUCGAGCGGACUACUCUGAGAAUCAAUGUACGAAAUAAUUAUGACUGGAACGCGAACCUCUUGGGGCUGUUAGAUGAUCUGGAUGAGGAAGAGGAGCUUCAAGCUCAACUAUUGCAACGCGCUUACAAUCUUGGACAGAAAUAUAUGUACCGAACGCAAAAGUUCAAACCAGCACCACCGCCAAGAAUGGAAAUAAUUCCUAACCGUCGUAAUCAACGAGAACAAAUGAGCGAAAGGUUUGGGAGGGAAGAUGUAUGA